AUAGUGACGUUUUAUUAUUGAUUGAAAUUUCUAUAGUCGGCGAACGCCAUUUUGACUUAUUCUAAGGAAGAUUCUAUAGUGGCAAAAAUUUGAGAUAUCUUUGUCCAUCCGUUCCUGUUCCAGUUUGAUAAAGUUAAUUUCUUGUUAAUCAUUGUUAACCCAUUUGGACGGACCAAGAAAUAGGGUUCGUUCACUGGGUCUUGUAGAUCUAAAUGGUUGCGUGCAGACAGCAUGUCUACUUUGCCAGGGCAGGCCUCCAAGGGGGAGAAAACAAAAUCGAAGUACCAGUCAUUGGAUAUAAAUAACUUGUAUAGAGUAAGCAGGGGUGAAAAUUUGGAAAAACAACAACAAAAGAGUGCAAAUGUAUAUGUUAGACAUGGAAUGCAAUCAUUGGGAAAAGUCCCUAGCGCACGGCGAGCUCCAGUUAAUUUACCCUCUUUGAAAGCAGAACAUAGUGGAUCAGACGCAGCAGUACCCUUAGUACCACCAGGAGCGCAAGGAUGGGGCAAACAAGAUUCGAAUACCACCCAACAACCCAAUACUCCCACCUCCCAUUCACCACCUCAAAAUUCAACAGCCCCUUCGUCGAAUGCCAAUCAACAAAAUACCCAACAGAUCAGCCCCCAUCAAGCUGCCAUUGCCCUUCCAGUAACAACAACAAUUCCACCACAUCCACACAAACAGUUGACUCCUACUGCCCAGCCUGUUCCCGCAGACAAGCUAUGGAGUUCGGUGAUGACCGGCCAAGAGGUACCACAACCUCCUCUCUACCAGAGCCCACAAUUUCAACACGAGUUCCCCAGCUUGUCCGCUGGCGAUGGCGUCCCCACACGCACUGGUUCAGAUGCUCCUCAGUACCCUUCAGGGCUAAGUCUCAGGCCACAGACAGAAGGUUCUUGGACCCAAGGUGGGCAAAAGUCUGUUGGAGCUCAAGGAGCAGAGAAUUCUGGAUCAGGAAGACCGGGCCCGGCCCACCAGGGAUCCCCACCGCAGCUUUCGGUCCAGGUGGGCCAACAGCAACAACCUUUUCCACCCCAAAUACGUGGUGUGAUGCCUUCUUUUAUGUGCAAAGGUAGCAAUUUCCAACAAGGACCGGGAACUGGUAAUCAAAAUCCUUCGACGUUACCGACGUCUAUUAAUGGGCGAGGUGGUCGACCUUUGGAUAAUCGCCCGCCACGAUUGGCAGAAAGAGAUGGCGAAGAAGUAGCCCCCAGACCAAUAAUAAAGGAAGAAGAGUUGAAUAGAAUGGAUGAAAUCGGUAAAGAUAUGGGCUGGGCCGAAUCCGAUGAAAUAGAUUACAAGUGA